AUGGGGAUUCUCUACCACUUUCUCUCGACGCUGAACUGUGUGAAUCGUAGACCUUCCCUUCGAAUUCGUCCAUGGGAAAACACAAUGUGGCUUCCGCCUGCUGAACGGAAUCUUCGGUCUUUGAAGGAAACAGCUAUAACGCAAAAGAGCUUCUUCUUUGGGGCUUUGCAAUGUGCCUUGCUUCGUGAGCAGUGGAUCCUUGCUCGACGGAUUUACAAUGAAUGUAAAAGAGGUGGUUUCAGUAGUGGCAGAAUAAUAUCCCUGUACGCGCCUUGGAAGUGGCCCUUGUCCAAGUGGAAAGAUAGCAUUCUCCCAUUCAUUGCAAGGCAUCAAGCCACGCUCUGGACCAUGUCCUUUUACAAGUUCCUUGCAUCCACCUUCUGCUCAGAAGCCACAGUUCUUCAAUUGUCACAGCAUCCUUAUCACAGAGUGAAGUCCCUCGCCAGCAAGGACAGCGGUCCGCUUUCUAUUGCAGCCAAUGCUUUUGUCAUUACAGUCUGGAGUAAUCUCUUGUUCUAUUUGGCGGAUUUGACAGUGGGACAAGUAUCCUUGGGCAUGGCCCAACGAAAGGAAUACAAAUGGGCAGUCAUAAGAAAGGAUACGGAAACGGAAGAAAAGUGCCUACAGACCUGGGUCAAGUCUUCCUGGAAAAUGCUUUGCCAACAGUCUCUUCGCUAUUGGUACUCGUGUUUUGGAAGCGCAAUAGGAUCCAUGGUGUUGCCGGGUUGGGGAACCCUUGCAGGGGUUGGACUGGGAGAAGAGUGGUCUAAUCAUCAAGAGACUCCAAUUUCUCCUCCACCACUACUUUUGAAAGUAUUUCCCCGUCUUCAAAAAUACUUUGCCACAGCUCGCUCCAAACAAUCAAGCCAAGAAGAAUUUAAAGUCCAAGCCAAUGCAUUGCUAUGCGGUUGUUGCCAAGCCAACUAUUUUUCUUCCAAUUUCAACCAUCCAACUCAUAUCCCCAUUUCCAGCAAGAGCUGCGAGCACACCAUUUGCAGGUCAUGUGUGGAUUUGUGUCAAGUGGCGGAAUUGCUUGAGUCGGGAGUAUCCGGAAUUGCCUUUUCGGAACAACUCGCCCCUUGUCCCAUUUGCAAUGCUCCCGCAGCCUUUUCACCUCAAGACUUGUUGGUCAACAAGAGCUUGUGCAAUGCGAUUGCUCUAUUGGAGCAGUCCCGAAAUCCUGGAUCAUUAUCAGAGCCAUCGUCCAUUGAAAUUGAUUUGGGCACAUUGAAAAAGUUUCGACGACUUUCUUAUGAAAGCUCCAUGUCCGACGAUGCCCAUUCGCUCGACACUCUAUCGGUUUGA